UUCUAGACCUUACAACACAACCGUUACGCUUUCAUACUGUUAACAGUGCACUUAUUGCCAAGUGUUUAGGAAAGGGAUAAAUGAGUGAUGAAGUGAUCCAGUGAUAUUUAACACCUAGAGAUGGGAUGGAUAGGAAUGGGGUGUCUGGCUCCAAGUAAAUCCUUCCAUGUCAAGAUAAUUCUUCUUGAUAAACAAGAACUUAUUCAAGAAGUUCAGGGUCGGACCAGUGGGCAGGAUUUAUUAGAUAAUAUAUACAAACAUCUCAACCUGAUUGAAACUGCGUACUUUGGACUCAGAUAUCAGGAUAACAACAAUCAAACGCACUGGUUGGACCCAAAUAAGAAAGUUUCUCAGCAAAUAAAAGGAGUUUCUCCAAUAACUCUGUACCUGGGGGUUAAAUUCUACGCAGCUGACCCCUGUAAACUAGCAGAGGAGAUCACCAGAUACCAGUUCUAUCUCCAGGUCAAGCUAGAUAUCCUUCAAGGUCGUCUGCCAGUACAAGAGGAACUAUCCACAGAACUUGCAGCUCUAGCUCUUCAAUCUGAAUUGGGAGACUAUGAUGGAAGCCGACACAGUCGAGGAUAUAGUUCUGAAUUCCGGUUCCUCGCCACACAGUCCGAGGAUAUGGAACAGAGGAUAGAGGACAUUCAUAGGAGGCUGGUCGGUCUACAGCCAGCACAGGCAGAGAACAGGUAUCUGGAGAAGGUAAAAUGGCUGGAUAUGUACGGUGUAGAUCUUCAUCAUGUAAUUGGUGACGAUAAUAUAGAAUACUUCCUGGGUUUAACUCCCAGUGGAAUUAUAGUUCUCAGGAAUAGAAACAAAGUUGGAAACUAUUUCUGUUAUUUGUGCACCUUUUCAGUUCUCAGUGCUAAUGAAGAGAGUACUUACGGAUUUGAGACUCCUUCCCGCCAGGCCUGUAAACAUCUCUGGAAAUGCUGCGUUGAGCAUCAUGCGUUCUUCAGAUUAGUUCAAGUUUCUCCAGCAUUCACUACCUCAGGAGUUCUAGGCUUAGGUUCAAGAUUACGAUCAUCUGGUAGAAGUGAAAAGGAUGUGAGCCAGGAGAUAAACAGAAGAAAUCCACCAAACUUUACUCGGGUUCCUAGUCAGAGAUACAGUCGGAGAAAUAAACCCGAGGAUCAGGAUUCAAGGUCGUCUUCCAAUACAGCAGAGAGAAAUAUUACAAAUGGAGGGAUAAAGAGUCCGACCAGGUUUAAAUUAAAAGAAUUUAUGAUAAAAACUAUAGAUCCUCAGUUUUUCGGCUCCAUGAACCUGGAUCAACUUUUAUUAUUCGAAUUGUUGUACCAACCCAUAUGGACUAUUAUUUUCUGAAACUAAAUGUUCUACGGAACUAAUGAGCUACAAAACCAAAUUCUUCUAUUUUUGAAAUAAAUCGAUUUUUAGAAUUGGUAACGAAUUAGGGCAUACAU